AUGAAGAAAGUAGAGGUAGUGUUUAUCCCAUUACCUGCAAUGGGCCACGUUAUAGCUGCAGUAGAGUUGGCUAAGCUUAUUGUUGAACGUGGAAAUCAAAUUUCAACAAGUGUCCUCAUCAUGCAUCCAGCUCCUGACCCCAGUACUGCCAAAUACACUGAGUCACUCAGUGCAUCAACUCUACCCAAUCGCAUGCGAGUGGUUGACUUACCAAGUUUAGAGCAUACUGCAGUAUCUAAUACUGGCGGUAACUGGAUGGCUUCUUUGGCUGAUGCCCAUAAACCCCAUGUCAAAGAAUUUGUUUCCAAGUUCAAGACUCAGUCAGAGUUGAGCCCUGACUCCCCUCGACUUGCUGGGUUUGUUUUUGAUUCUUUUGUUUUAGGAAUGGAGGAUUUGGCUGAAGAAUUUGGUGUUCCCUGGUAUGUUUUCUCCGCAUCAGGUGCAGCUUUUAUUGGCUCCAUGUUGCAUCUCCAGGCCCUUCAUGAUGAGCAGAAAGUGGAUCUCUUUGAGUUCGAAAACUCGGAUGCUGAGUUGGAAAUUCCAAGUCUCGUGAACCGGUUCCCUGCUAAGCUCCUGCCUUCUAUCGUGUUUCACAGACAGUCGUUCUCUACUUUUCUUGAUGCCGCAAGAAGGUUGAGGAAGACGAGGGGUAUUGUGGUAAACACAUUUAAAGAGUUGGAAUCACAUGCGGUUGACUCUCUUUCAAAUGGUGAAAUCCCUCCAGUAUAUCCAGUGGGACCAAUUGUGAGAUCCCAAGGAAAUGACUAUGAUUUUGGAUCAGAUCGAAUCAACGAUUAUAAAGACAUCAUGCAAUGGCUCGAUGAUCAGCCUCCAUCAUCAGUAUUGUUUUUAUGCUUUGGGAGUUGGGGAAGUUUCAGUAUCGAUCAAGUGAAAGAGAUUGCCUGUGCAUUGGAGCAGUGUGGACAUCGAUUCUUGUGGUGUCUACGGAAACCUUCUUCUUCCAAGGCUAAGAUUGAAUCACCAAGUGACUACCUUAAUUUCCAAGAAAUUUUACCCCAAGGGUUUUUGGAUCGGACGGUUGAAAGAGGCAAGGUGAUUGGAUGGGCUCCACAAGUCGAAAUUUUAGCCCAUAAAGCUGUGGGAGGGUUUGUAUCGCAUUGUGGAUGGAAUUCUACAUUGGAAAGUAUUUUAUUUGGUGUUCCAAUUGCGGCAUGGCCAUUAUACGGUGAGCAACAAUUCAAUGCUUUUGAAAUGGUAAUUGAGUUGGGAUUAGCAGUGGAGAUUAAAAUAGAUUAUAGGAAUGAUUUUUUUUUGGAUGGUAGUAAAGUAAUUGUGAGCUCGGACGAGAUUAAAAAAAGAGUAAAGUUUGCAAUGGAACAAGAUAGUGAGAUAAGAAAUAAAGUAAAAGAAAUGAGUCAACUAAGCAGGAAAGCUUUGUUGGCUAAUGGAUCUUCGUACUCUGCAUUAGAUCUUCUAAUUGAAGACAUGAUGAAGAACAUAGCGUGA